UGAGUCAGCACAGCUUUCCCUCGGACUCGCUGGUCUCGUGCCUCGCUGCUGACUAAGAGGAAGUCGUCCACACGUCGGUGGUUUACCGAAUGCGGUUUCAAACAUGUUUUCGCCGCCUUUGUAAACCAAAAAAUGCAUAAAGACAUUUUUUUUUUGGCAGCAGCGCCAGCGGCAUAUCCUGUUGUAAAGACCUUAUUUACCACGGGACCGGUUGGGUCCGAGAGCUGCAGUCACGAGACAGUCAUUUCCUACAAACUACCACGCGCCUAUAGCUCCUGUUGAGAGAAUUGAGAAAAGGAAGUAGGAUGAAAGAGUAGGCUAUUAUUUUUUUUUUAAUUUUCUACUCCACGGUUUGCUUUGUUACCGAGACACAAAAUGUUGUCCUUGGAGCAAGUGAAGCAGAGUUUAGAGAGUGCAGGGCAGUCUCACAUCCUGCAGUUUUGGCCGGAGCUCUGUGAGGCGGAGAGAGACCGCUUCCUCCAAGAGUUGUCCCAGCUGGAUCUAAAGGGACUUAAGGACCACUGCGAAGGGGCAGCGAGGGCUGCAGCCUCCCCGCCUGCCAGCUUGGAUCAACACAUAGAGCCGGUUCCCCCAGAGUCCAUCGGCAGCGUGAGGAAAAGUGACAAAGACUCUCUUGCAGAGUGGGAAAAUGAAGGGCUGUUGCAAAUCUCAGAGAAUCGAGUUGGGGUCCUGCUCUUGGCUGGUGGUCAGGGGACCCGCCUUGGUGUACAGUAUCCCAAAGGGAUGUAUAACGUUGGGCUACCAAGCGGCAAGACCUUGUAUCAAAUCCAGACAGAGCGCAUUCACAAAAUCCAGGAGCUGGCCGACAGAAAGUAUGGCUCCAAAUGCACCGUUCCGUGGUACAUAAUGACCAGUGAGUUCACUCUGGCACCCACUGAGAAGUUCUUCAAGGAGAACAACUACUUUGGUCUGGAGCCGUCAAACAUUGUGAUGUUUGAGCAAAGGAUGAUCCCCGCAGUGACGUUUGAUGGAAAGGUCAUCCUGCAGGGCAAAGGGCAGUUAGCCAUGGCCCCAGAUGGGAAUGGUGGUCUGUACCAGGCGUUGGUGGACAACAAGGUGCUGGAGGACAUGAAGAAGAGAGGAGUGGAGUACCUGCAUGUGUACUGUGUAGACAACAUCCUGGUCAAAAUGGCUGACCCCGUGUUUAUUGGGUUCUGUGUGAGCAAAGGAGCCGACUGUGGAGCCAAGGUGGUGGAGAAGGCGUACCCCGGCGAGCCAGUGGGCGUUGUUUGCAGGGUGCGAGGCGUCUCCCAGGUGGUGGAGUACAGCGAGAUCCAACCGGAGACAGCCGAGCUCCGAGGACCUGGAGGGGAGCUGGUGUACAGUGCUGGCAACAUCUGUAAUCACUUCUUCACCAGGGCUUUCCUGCAGGACGUAGCAGAAAAAUUUAUUGACCAACUGGAACAACAUGUUGCAUUCAAGAAAGUUCCCUUUGUGGACUUGUGUGGCAAUCAAGUCAAACCCACCGAACCCAACGGCAUCAAGAUGGAAAAAUUUGUUUUUGAUGUAUUUCCAUUCUCAAGGAACUUUGUUGUGUUUGAGGUGGUGAGGGAGGACGAGUUUUCCCCUCUGAAGAAUGCAGACGGAGCAGCCGCAGACAACCCGACCACAGCCAGAAACUCGUUACUGGCUCAGCACUGCCGCUGGGUCACGGCAGCCAGAGCCACGCUGUUGGAUGAGCAUGGGAAUACCGUGCCUCUCACAGCCAGUGCAUCAGCAGGGGACAGUCAUCCAGCACUGUGUGAAAUUUCCCCACUGGUGUCCUACUUCGGAGAGGGCCUGGAGCAGCUGCUGAAAGGGAGGACACUGCCAACUCCUCUCAUUCUGGAUCAACAAAGGGCCAAAGAGCUGCAGGCUCAGUAACAUGUCUCUGAUGGAGCAGAUAUUCCAGUACUGUGAAUACCAGGAUGGAGAUGGAACCCUGGAGGGAUGUGUUUGUUGUUUCUGCCCAAGAAUGCACAAUUGUUUAAAUAAAGACGAUUAGAUUAGAUUAGAUUCAACUUUAUUGUCAUUACACAUGUACAGGUAAAAGGCAACGAAAUGCAGUUUGGGUCUAACCAGACGUGCAAUAGCAGUAAGUGCAGGAUAUGGUUUCAUAAGUGCAUAAGUGAAUAAAUAUGGAAAUGAAAAUAUUAUAAACAGAAUUUUACAGAUGGGUUGUCCUAUGAAUAUAAAAUAUAGAUAACAAGAUUGUGAGGAGAAUUACAGCUGGUAUAUACUGAAUAUAAUAUACAGGUGGAUAUACUAUAAGUAGAAUUUUACAGAUGUGUACAAUGAACUAAUAUUCUGAGGUUUACAGAGUUUACAGGUGAAUAUGUAAUAGGAUAUAUAUACAGGCGGCUAUUAUUAUAGACAGAAUUUUUACAGAUAGACAUAAGCUAGGCUAAAAUGAGCAGUAUAACAAUGAUAAUGUACUGUAAACUGUACGUGAACUUGUGAAUAAUCUCAAACUGUCAUGUAAUUCUCUCUUUAAAACAAAUAAGGCAAUAAGGGACUAUCAAUGGGUUUUUGAAAUUAACAUAAGUUUUGUUUACAUGUUACCAAAAAUAUAACAUGAAUCAAAAUA